AUGGCCAGCGCGGCCGCGACGGCGGCCUGCGCGCCCCUCACGUCCCGGCAUGGGCCGCCUUGUUCGAGGAAUACGAGCGGGGCGCACCACGCCGGGUUCGCUCCGCACCGGCGAGCGGUGCGCAGGGGCCGCUGCUCCUGGCGCAGCAGGGAUGGCGCGCCUGCUGCGCCCGUGCAUCAUGUGUGCCGGGCAGGCCGACGAGGGACCCCCGCAGCGGUCCCCGCGGUACACUCGGAGCUCCCGGACUCCGACCUGCCCUGCCUUGCCUGGCCGCCUGAAGACACCAUCACACCUGGCUACCGCAAGACCAUCCACCUGUACGAAAAGCGCUUCAUCGACCUCCUCGAGCAAGUUCUAGACUCCGAGCACCGCUUCAUGGGCCACAUCGUCGUGGACGGCGGUGUCGGGCCGAUGUCGAGGUCCCCGGGCGCCCUGGUCGUGCGCACUCCCGACGAGGAGAUGACCAUGGCGUGGGCGGGGGUGUGCCGCGUGGAGGGCAUCCAGAAGCUGGACGUCGGCGCCCUCGUCACCCUCCAGUGCGAGGGUCGCGUCGCGCUGCAGCAGCUGACCCAGGGGCGGCCGUACCUGCGCGCGCGCGUGGCGCUGAUGCGUGACGAGCCGGUGAGGGGCACCGCGGAGGAGCGGCGCGCGGAGGAGGAGGCGCGCGAGGUGCUCGAGCUGCUGCGGACCGCGCGGGAGCUGGCGCAGAAGAUCUACGGCGAGGGCGAGGCGGUCGACCUGAUGGCGACCGUCGAAGACUGGGCCCUCACCGACCGCCCGCUCCUGGAAACAGGCCCCCCCGGCCAGCAGCACCUUGCGUGGGCGUCACGCAUCUCCUACUCCGCGCUGGUCGAAGUUCCCGGCAUGAGCAGCGCGGAGGCGCUGCAGAUGCACAAGCUGCGGCAGGAGGCCAUGUCGCGCACGGACCUCCGCGAGCGCCUGGGCCUCGCGAAGGCGCACCUGAGCACCGUGUGCGGAUCUCUGGGGGCGAAGGCCAGUCUGACGAACCUGGGACUCGCCGCGGAGGGCGGGGACAACCCGCCGACGAGUGAGAAGUGA